UUAUAAGACUGUGCGCUACUCCCCAAACUCCAAGCCAGCAGUGAGUUAAGAGUGUUGGAACCAAACAAACUGGGGCGAAGGUGAGACAGUGACAGAUUGUGAGGUCAGCUGGUUGUCUCUCCUUCAAGUAACUUAUGGAAGUCAAGGCAGGAAGGAGACAGCUUUGUCAUGCUGAGAGGCAGCAAGCACACCAACGAACUGCUGCACCAGCAUGACUACAGCACAACACUGACCUCAGCGACCCCUGGACCAAACAAGACCUUCCACACACAAGUUGGCUGUAGAGUUGAGACUACAGCAUGCCAUAAAUAAGCCUUACGUUCAUAAAUCACUCUUAUAAUUGCCAUAUGCUUCUUAUAUAUAUAAUCUGUAAAUGGAUGUGUGCUCAAAUAGACUAGUCAAUGCAGAGAUUAUUUAUAUUUCUUCUGAAUGAUCUGGAUUAUAGUACUUUUCCUUUAUGUGCUCUCAUGUACACCUUACAUUAGAUAUAAUAUAUGUAACUCAGUAGCCAGAAGUAGAUAAAUGAUUUAUGAAGUUCUGUUUAUAUUGCUUUGCAUAAACCAUAGUAGAUUAUUUGCUGUUAGUUCCUUAAGGUUAUAAGUUAUAAAAUUUUUGUACACGUGAUGUCAAUAAUGUUGUGUACAUAUGUGAAACACACAAAAUAAGAUAAUGAUUUUUUUUUAUGAAUAUCAAUCAUUCAGAAUGUAUUGAUAUAACAAGCUUAUCUCUGCACUGGGAACAUGGAUACAAAGGUCCAUCACACGUCCUACGCGUGUCUCGAGUGUGGCCGCAAGUUCUCUGCACCCCAGGCACUGAGGAUACACUCCCGGAUGCAUGAUGGCAGGAAGAUGUAUCAGUGUAAGGACUGUGGCAAGACAUUCAGAAUGGAAUUCUAUUUCAAGUAUCAUCGAAUGAAUGACACUGGCAUCAACAAGUUUGAAUGUGGCAUCUGUGACAAGAAGUUCAGCAAUAUUAGUUGUGUAGAUACCCACUAUAAAAUCCAUUCCAAUGAGAAGUCUUAUGUGUGUAGAAAAUGUGGGAAAGUGUACAUCCAGCUUGGUAGCUUCAAAAACCAUGUCAUGGCUCACCCACCAACCUUCACCUGCAAGGAAUGUGGCAAAAUUUUCACUGAUAAGGCCUCCCUAACAUCACAUGAGCAGGCACAUGUUUCACAGAAGCCAUAUGAAUGUUUAAAUUGUGGGAAAAGAUUUGCCCAUUCCUUCAAUUUAGAAAUACACUCAGAGUCUUACUGCACAUUUCAAAGGGAGAAAAGAGACCCUAGCAAUGAUGCAGAUGUGAAAGAGCAGCAGUCCACAUGGCAGGACAGAACAUGUAUCAGCAAGAGAGGAAGUGUGGGAAGAAAACAUUCAGUGAAGGUGGAAGUGAUUGACUUGGGUUCCGACUCUGAACCUGAGGACGUGCAACCUGACGACUUCCUGCCCCUGGAGGUGUGUCUCAAUGAAGGAGAAGAGGAGCUGAGUAUACGGGAUCUCAUGGAAAGAUAUGAAGACAAUGAAGGCAUUUAGAUUUUUGGAUAUAUCAGAAUUUAUAUUUUCUAAUCAUGCUUUCAUGGUAUUUUUGUGUAAAAACAAAGUGAUAUGCAUUCUCCAACAUCCUUACAUGGUAAACAAUCUCAGGCACCUUUUGUAUCAAAGUUCAAAUUUUUGUUAUUCUUGGGAAUAACUUUCCCCAAAAAUGUUCAUUCAUAACAAAUGUCCCUUUUCUACAAAAACAAAACACUCUUAGCGUAGCCCUUUCACACUCAAAUGAAAUGUAAUGUUUUUGCACAUUUUCAUAAAAUAUAAUUUUAA